AAUUGAGUCAAUAGAAACAAUCAACACAAACAGAAAAGUGUUGUAGAUCGAUAUAUUCCAGAUGUGGCUGUUGAAGUGCGAUCAUUAUGUUUUUGGUUAAAGGUGUGAGUGUAAAGAAAAAGAUACGCCAAGUAGCUCGGAAUAUUUGACAGGCAAGAGUGUACAGAAAAUGCUGUUAAGAAUCUGAACCGACCUUAAAGGUACGACACACCUCGAAAUGGACAUCAAUGACUUGGAGUCAAAAGCUCAUCUGCCGGAAGUUGAGAAGAUCAAGGUAUACAAAUCGCGAUGGGUAGUCUUGGGCAUCUUCGUCAUGUAUUCGGCUUGCAACGCUGUGCAAUGGAUCCAGUUCUCGAUCAUCACCAAUGUCAUUGUCGACUAUUACCACACCACCAAUACCUGGGUGGAUUGGACUUCCAUGAUCUACAUGGUGUUGUAUAUACCGUUUAUUUUCCCUGCCAGUUAUUUGUUGGAGAAGCUGGGCUUAAGAAAAUCUGUGAUAAUAGGAAUAACGGGUACAGCAAUCGGAUCCUGGAUAAAAGUGGGUGCUGUACAUCCUGACAGAUUCCUGAUUUCGUUUGCUGGACAAACGAUUGUGGCUUUCUCACAAAUUUUCAUUUUGUCAGUACCUGCUAGACUUGCAGCGGUAUGGUUUGGACCAUCUCAGGUGUCGUCAGCGUGCAGUAUCGGAGUCUUUGGCAAUCAGCUUGGUAUAGCAGUGGGCUUCCUUGUACCUCCAAUGAUAGUACCUGGUGGAACUACCGAAGAAGUAACGUCUCAGUUGUAUACCUUAUUCAUCGGAACUGCUAUCGCUGCAACUAUUAUUUUAGUACUAGUUUUGUUAUCACAAACAUUAUCACGUUUUCGAUUGUCUAUUUCAGUUUUCAAAAACGCUCCUGCCACGCCGCCAUCUUACGCGGUGGCUCAACAAAAUGAGGAGGAAGUCGAUUUCAUGGCUUCUCUGAAGAGGCUCCUCAACAACAGAUCUUACAUUCUGCUUCUCAGUGCAUAUGGCAUCAACGUUGGUGUAUUUUAUGCAAUCUCAACACUGCUGAACCAAAUCGUUCUUCAUUACUAUCCUGAUGCUAGUGCAGAUGCCGGACGUAUAGGGCUGGCAAUAGUUCUCGCAGGAAUGCUAGGAUCAGUCUGCUGUGGAAUUAUUUUGGAUAGAUUCCAUAAAUUCAAAGAGACGACACUAACAGUAUAUGCAUGCUGUCUUGUGGCCAUGCUCAUAUAUACAUUUACCCUUUCCGAAGGAAUUGUGGUAGUAUAUGUUAUAUCAGCCGUUCUAGGGUUCUUCAUGACCGGGCUACUUCCAGUUGGAUUCGAACUCGCCGCAGAGCUGACAUAUCCGGAACCAGAAGGCACCUCCUCAGGCCUCCUCAAUGCAGCCUCAAACCUCUUCGGCAUAGCCUUCACAAACGCUUAUUCGGCUCUCUUCUAUCAAGUUGGUGACGUGUGGGCUAACAUCGUCAUGUGUAUCUCUUUAGGAGUAGGAGUGAUCUUGCUAGCCUGCACUAGCUCCGAUUUGAGACGGCAGGCUGCGCAUUUGGAUGAGAAGAAUCCGAAACAUUAGGUUAUUAGGUUCAGUUUUUUUUGUGAUAUUCAUGAGGACGUUAUUAAGUUUCGUGUUUAGCUGUCAUUGAAGGAUAUUUGUUGCGUUUUAUUCUUUAUAAGAAUUGUUUGCUAUAAAAAUACAAAAUUAUGAAUGGUCACGAUUUUUGAGAGAUCCUCGUGGUGGAAAGGACCAGGCACAAAUCGUAUAGAAGAUGGAUCCCAGUCGAUUUGUCAAAAAAUUCAGUACGAUAUAUUUCUUGUCCACCCGAACAAAAGUGACCAUGGGACCAACGCAAUCCUAUAAUUAGUUUCUGAGAAAUAGGCAGAUAAAGUUUGCCUGAUUUGUAUAAAUGGUGAAUGUGUCAAUUGCAGCUCUCAGGCCAAAAACACGAGAAUCAUUAUACUAAAAGAAAUAUUUCUCUUAAAGCACCGUGUAGGGAGGUGUCAUGUUGAUCGUGACCAUGAUUCUUACAAGGUCAGUUUCAGAGCAAGUUGAUUUUAUAUGCUCUUAGAUAGGUCUGGUGCGAAUUGCUCAAGAAAAUCAGAAAACUCAAUACGACACUAGCAUUUCAAGGACACAGACUAUGUCUCACUCUUAAUGCGUUUGGAAAUCCAUAAAGAUUAUCGCUUGAAUGUAAAGCUUACGUUUUCCUUAAACAAAAUAUUUACAUUGCAAAAAAUGUGAAAACAGGUCAAGAUUAGAAGGCAUUCCUUUUGUACGGUUUACCAAUACUCCAAUAGUUUUUAUAUAGAGGAUAUCCUGAUGUCACUAUAUUGUUAGAUCAGGUGGGUAUAAGUUGGAAAAUGCCUUUACCUCUGGGAGGAAAUCAAUGGCUGGUGUCCACGGAAUUAUCCAAUGAACCUCGGUUAGUUACCAAGACAAGGUGGGUGGUUCGAGAGUUAUUCAAAUACUGUAUGUAUCAAAUCUAGGAACAUUUAUAAAAUACCUCAUGAUCUUAUUGAUAGGUAUUAUCAUCUAAUUAUUAUGGAAGGUAGAUUAGCGCAUCAGCUGUUAGCAACGUAACAAGAGGCGACCGCCGUUUAACAAAAAGGUGUCCACAAAAAAGAUUUACUCACGAUCUUGAUACCCAAUCAUGUGUCGACUAUGGAUAUCUUAUCAAAAAGUUUAUGAAAUUAACGAGGAUUUACAUGACAAUCUUGCAAUGAAAAAUGGGC